AUGGAAGAUGAAGAGAGACCUAGGAAACUACCGAAAUUGGACAACGGCGAAACCCAGAAUUCAGAACUACACCGGGAGGAUAUAGAUCCCGCUAUGACCGGCGCAUUACUUCCAGCGGCGCAGGAUAGUCCCGGGAAAACCUUAGGGGCCAAUGGCAAUGAGAAGGGGACAUUGCUCGAAGAGUCUACGGAGCAGACCCAGAAGUUAUCGAAAAACCAGCUGAAGAAACUUCGCCGGCAGGAACAAUGGGAAGCGGGUCGCGAAUAUCGCAAACAAAGGAGAAAAGAGAAGGUAAUCGCGAAGCGAGAACGGAAAAAGGCAUCUCAAUCAGAAGCUGGGAAUGUUACUCCAGACGAGGGAGGGGCAGCUGUUACCAGGUCCACGGAAGGGCCACGCGGUGCCCGACGGAAAUCGACCCUCCUCCCUAUAACGCUCGUCUUGGAUUGCGGAUUCGACGAGCUCAUGCUCGAUAAAGAACGCAUCUCUCUUGGUUCACAGCUGACACGGUGCUAUUCGGAUAAUAGCCGUGCACCAUAUCGCGCACAUAUGGUGGUAUCAUCGUUUAACAAGCUGCUCAGACAUCGAUUCGAGACUGUCAUGAGGAAGACGCAUGAGCACUGGAAGGGCGUUCGUUUCAUGCAGGAGGACUUUGUCCAGGCGGCGGAGAUGGCCAAGGAAUGGAUGAAAGAGACAGGCGCACAACAGGGAUGCAGCAAGAUGGCAGGGGUCUUCUCUGAUAAGACCGAUGCAAAGCCGGAAGACGGGGAGGUCGUGUAUCUCUCUAGCGACAGUCCUUACACGUUGACCGAACUCAAGCCAUACAGCACAUACAUCAUUGGGGGGCUAGUAGAUAAGAAUCGACACAAGGGUAUCUGUUAUAAACGGGCUUGCGAGAGGGGGAUUAAGACCGCCAAGUUACCGAUUGGGGACUACAUUCAGCUGGCUGGCCGCUCGGUUUUGGCAACUAAUCAUGUCGUGGAGAUCAUGGUACGGUGGUUGGAAACGAGAGACUGGGGGCAGGCAUUUUUACAGGCAAUUCCGAGCAGAAGGGAAGUCGUUUUGAGGGAAAGGGCAGGUAACAGUAGCGCUGGUAACGACGAUGAAGGCCAAAAGGGCGAUGAGGCUGAAGCUGAAGCCGACACUAGCAAGAAGAGCAAUGUUGGUGAUGCUGAGGAGGCGGACAGCUCAGAAAGGGUGGCUGAAGCUCAAGCAGAGCCGUGA